AUGUCCCAACCCACGAUAACGGGCAAGACGAAAGUAUUUGAUUUCUUGAAUGAUCAAAUAGAUUCCAUUUCCCUACAGAAAACCCUCAAGUUAAAUCAUAUAAGAAAUUUGAAUUUACCUUUGAAUGAAAUAAUCGAAUACAUUUAUCAGUUUUUGAAUUCAUUUGAUCCUCCUUUCGAAAUCGAAAAGUUAUCUUUGAGUCAUAAUCAGCUUGAUGAGUUACCUUUGAAUAUCAAAUUGUUAUCAAAACACGUACGAUAUCUCGAUUUACAUGAUAAUUAUUUCAAUGAAGUUCCUAUUGAAUUAACUGAUUUCAACUUGGAAUUCUUGGACUUGUCCAAUAACAGGUUAAACUACUUAUCCAAAACACGAAUGUCGAAACUUCAAAAUCUAAAAUUGAUCAAUUUAAAGAAUAAUAAAUUUAAAUAUCUCCCUCCAGUAUUAGGAGAAUUACCUUAUUUGAACUUAAUAGAAGUUGCUAAUAACCCAUUGGUAUUUCCAUCAAUGGAGAUGAUCAAUAAGUUCCAGAAACAAACGUCGGUGGAUUGGGUUAAAGAGUUGAAACAAUUUUUGAUAACGAAUUCUUCAGUGCUAGAAUCUAAGAUUUAUGAGUCUUUAGCAGCACCUGCCAUUUCAGCAAGUACUACACCACAAAUAUCUCGAAGUAAAUCCAUUUCUGAAACCAAAACCAAAGCUUCGAAAGCUGCUAGAAGAAUGGGGUUGAUUAUUAAAAAACCCGAAGAAGAGCAAUCCAAUUAUAAUAAUAAUGAUUUUCCAUCACCAUUGAAUUUACCAAAUUCCUCAUCAUCUAUUGAUACCUCAUUUGCCAUGAGUCCUCAAGUCUCAAAUGUUGGUACCACCACUACCACCACAGCUAUAAGUACAUCAUCAUCCAAUCCUCAUCUGCAAACGAGUUCACCUCCUUUAACACCAACCAUCAAACCGCGUUCUCGUUCCAAUACUUUGGUGGAAAUAGAUAAAAUGUUAGAUGACGAAGAAGAUGAUCAUAAGUCAGGUGCUUAUUUCCGAAGAUUAUCAACAUUAGCUGAAGUUCCAGUAGAUGAAAUAAUUUCUCACAAUAGAAAACCAAAAUCAAAUCCUCCAAAUGUACCAUUACCUUCAUUUCAAUCAUCAGCCACUCCAACGACUUUCACUAAUGCUAAUAAUUCGUCUACUUCUUCCACAACAGUGACUAAUGGAUCAUCAGCAACUUUGAAUGGGUCUUCAAGCGUAAAUAAUGGAUCCAGUUCUAAUUUCGGUACACCUUCCGCCAGUCAACUACCUCAAUUUGAUUCUCCUAAGAAAAAACUGGAUGAUUUGAUUCAUGUAAGUAGGAAAGUAUUGUUCGCUUUCAGUGAAUUGCAUUCAUCUAUAAGGAGAUUCAGUGGAUUCUGUUCCGAUAAAAAGAUUACUAUCAAGAUGGUUUCUUUAUUAUACACUGCCAAAUCCAAUAUUGAUAGUCUUGUGGAGGCUUUAGAAUUAGAAGAAGAUACUCUCAAUGGUCAAGAUAAGAUUUCUGAAUGUUUACAUUCAUGUAUUACAUCAUUUAAAUCCAUCAUGUCAGUUUUAGGAGACAAUUUCCUCCAAUUUACAGCUAAAAUUGACGUUUGUUUCAUAAGAAUGUUAUAUUUAACGAUAUUUGGAGCUUUUAAUGAACUUUUCAAUGCUUAUAAGAUUCUCAAUAAAGAUAGGAAGAUCGGACUUAGUAUCAACACAUCUUUGAAUACUAUGCAUGGGUCAUUAUUAUCUGCUAGUGCCAUGUCAAGUACCCAAGAAUCAAACGUCAAUGUCGAUAAUGUAGAGGAUGUUGAUGAACAAUUAUACCAAUCCAUUGAAAUUGCAUCCACUAAAGCUCAAGAUGUUUUCGGGGAAUUGACUCGGGCUAUAAGUAAAAGUGCCAUCGCCAGUGCACAGGAUUCUAAUUCUGAAAUAAGUUCAUCAUUAGCAGCUAAAGUUAAAGAUUUGACCACAGUUUGUGUAACUUCCAUGGACAUCAUCAAGCAAUUACGUACUAAAUUGAUCACUAUUAGAAAUAAUCCUAGUUUCACCACCAAGAAAUUAUUUUGGGAUGAUAUCAAUAUGUUCUUGAAAACCAUUAUUCAAACAUUUUCUUCUGUGAAGAAUUUGAUGAAGGAUUUACCCAUUUUGAACGAUAUCAGAUCAUCCAUGGCUAAAUUAACCAAAUCAACCAAAGAUGUCACCAUAUUGUUAGAAGCAUCAUCAUAUAAAGCUAUUGAUUCAUCACAAACUCAUCCUCCACCUUUGGCCCUGAUACCUAGUGUUUCAAAUAUCUUUACUCCAUUAUCAGCUCAUCCAAAUCAUCAUUUACAUGCAUUAGGUCUGCAGGUGAAUUUAUCAGCUAUGCAACCUCCGGUUAGGACUCCUUUAGUGGCAGCAUUAGGUCCUGCGGCUCAAGCUAUAAUGCCAUUAUCGGAACCAACCACUGUUCAUAGUUUGAAUCCUCCUCAUGUACCGGGAAGUCCAACCAUAAGUCCGCAAGUUAAUGAAACUUCAGGUCAAUAUUUCGCUAACAAUGGUAUAAAUCCUUUUGAUGGUUUAAUCAUGGCUAAUUCAGGUAAUCGUGAAACCACCAAUAAAGAUAAAGAAGAUCUGUAA